AUGAAGACAUCCCACACUACUUUCCUUGUGAUCACCAUGCUUCUCAUGGCUUCACUCUCAUCCCCCACACACGGACUCAUACUUGACGGCCUCCGUAUCGGCUCCAUCAGGAUUAACGGGGUCUUAUUUUGUUCUUUUAACGGUAAUCUCAUCGGAAACAGCCCUCCGUUAUCUGGCGCCGUUGUCCAGCUAUCAUGCGCCGGGGCUACAACCGAUCUUGGUCAAGCUGUGACCAAUCCCGCCGGAGUCUUCGUCAUCACCCUGAGGCUUCUUGAUACGAUCCUCUUUGAUCCAUCCACGUGCUUUAUCAGGCUUAAUCUCCCUAUUGCCACGUGCGCGGUCCUCCCGCCGGACGGUGCACUCACCGCCUCCUUAAUCCUUGUUAAUAUCGUUCAGAACCUUCUCGGCAACAUCGCAAAUUUCACCGUCACUCCUUUCAUUAACACUAUCCUUUGA